AAUAGGUCAUCUUUUCUCUGUGCGUUCUUGUACAGUACAUUAUAUCCACCGACUGGCCUCGGGCUCGUCUAGCGCAGACCAAAGUGACUGGCUUAAUGGCAGGAUUCAAAGUCUGCUUUGAAUGCAAAAAUACCUCUGCUUUGACACUGCAUGAAGUCCCCCAGCACUGUUUCAAAUAUCAAGGACAAUGGAAAAACUGUCGCUCUGCAAAUCGGGAAACACACCAAACCCCAUACCAACAAUGUCCCCUUCCAACAUCUACAGGCCAAUCCUCAACGUCACCCACAUCGCCUCCCCCCAAAGCCAUCCGCAACGCCUACCACAAGCCAGCUCUCAAAUACCACCCCGACAAGAUCAAAAGACCGCGCCCAUCUCGCCGCGGGCGUAGAAACAAUCAGGACCAUUUCCUAUGCCUACGAUUCGAAUAGUUGCGGCCUUCCGGUCCUAAGUAGAGGGUUGACUGGAAGUGCUCAAUUUGGCGGGUGCUCUAAAACAGGCAAUUAUUUUCUUCUUUAUUAGGCUCCUAAUUCCUCUUUUGACUAGUCCCAUGGCCCUAGCCCCUCUGUCACUAAAGUCAAUGGCUUCAGUUGCGGAGAUGUUAAGUUAGCAUCCGAAUUAAUACACCAGGAGAAGAUCAAGACAGCCUCUGCGGAGUCAACUGGUAGCU